AUGGGUGGGGUGGAGGGGUUCGUUCUGUCGGGGUGGAUUGAGAGGUUGUGUCGGGGUCCAGAGCUCGUAAUAGCUAUUGCGGGAGUUGAAUCGUACGUUGGGAGCGUGAGCGGGCCGGAGGAGUCGGUCAAGCCGUUGCUAUGUAGGACCCCCCACCGCACCUCAGACAGCAGGAUAUCGUGGAAGUGCAAUGCUUACGAGAGGGAUAGGGUCGUCUUUGCGCUUUUUAUUGUCAAUAAGGCUGGUAGUCUGAUCUACCAGCGCGAUUUUGCGGAGGGGCUGUCGAAACUCAGCACGAACGAAUACAUUAUCCUCGCUGGCACAUUCCACAGUGUCCACGCCCUCACCACCCGCCUACACCCCCUACAACACAACGCCCCCCGCGGCUCAUUACUCGACCGUCCAGAACCUCCCUCAGGCAUCGAAGUCCUGGAAACGGAGAACUUCCGGCUGCAGUGCUUUGAGACGCUGACGGGGACCAAGUUUCUGAUAUUCACGGAGCCAACGCAGCAGAAUGUGGAUUCGAUCCUGAAGAAGAUCUAUGAGUUGUACGCGGACUACGUGAUGAAGAACCCGUUUUACCAGGUCGAUAACCCGGUCAGGUGCGAGGUGUUUGAUCGAAAGCUGGUGGGAUAUGUGAGGCCGCUGAAUCAUAAGUAG